GUGGACCUUGCUUUUACCCAUCAUACACAGCCCAGUGUCCACGACUCACCGGAGCGUACAUAAGGCCGUGCUGCACACGCAAGGCCACUCAGUUGCGACGGUAACGAUGCCUCCCACAGCCUCUGGCAACAAGAGUAUCAAUUUGAAGCGCAUAUACAAGGUCUUACUGCUUGUGCGACUCUGUUUUGCACUCUUCGGACCUGGGUACAUACACCCCGAUGAGCAUUACCAGAACGGAGAGGUCAUCGCAGGCAGACAACUUGGAGUAUUCACUGCGCGAACAUGGGAAUGGGAGCCGGACUUCGCCUGUCGCUCAAUCAUUACGCCAGCAACCAGUACAGGCAUACCAUAUACGAUGUUCCUGAGGUGGAUCUGGUGGAAACCGGAGAACAUACGUCCCCUUGUGAUGUUCCUUGUGGAGAGACUCACGUUUUUCAUCCUAUCCCUGACGCUCGAUCACACCGUAUGCCAGCUAGUGUCAAACCCUGCAGAUCGUCUUCGUGCUCUGGUCCUAUUGGCGUCCUCAUACGUGAUGCAUACCUUCCAGGUCCGGCCAUUCUCGAAUUCGAUCGAAGCCAUUAUCGUUGCAAUGUCUUUGAGCUCCUAUAAAUCUCUCAUCGAAACUGAGUGGAACCGGAGUCUAGGAACCUUUUCCCCCGAUCUCAUCAGCCUUGCGAUCUACUGUGUCAUGGGAGUGUUCACGAGGCCCACAUUCCUUGCGUUUAUUCUACCUGUUGGUGUCCAGACUCUCGUGUGGACCUACCAUCAUGCCUCCUACGCCACAUUGGGACAGCCACGACGAGCAUUCUGGGCAUUCUGGCUUCGACUUGUCGGAAUGCCGGUGGCGGCGAUGGCGAUGUACACCCUGUGUUUCUCUUUUGUCGACACUGUCUUCUUCCGGGAAGGACUUUCCGGCUGGGUGUUCACUCCACUGAACUUCCUGCGGUAUAAUCUCUCGUCGAGCAACUUGGCUGAUCACGGUCUCCAUCCCCGCUGGCUGCACCUUCUCGUCAAUCUGCCUUUGAUCGUGGGACCUGGACUGCUCUACUAUGGUAUUCGUGCAACCCGACAACUCUGGUCGCCACUUCCUACGCCUCUAAUUUCGGAGAAGAGCGAGAAGGAGACAAGUCUCGUUGCACAAACCCAUGUCUUCAAAAUGCCUCUAUUCGUGAUCGUCUCCUCCGUCGCGAUACUGUCCGCCUUCCGUCACCAGGAGCCUCGCUUCCUCGUCCCGCUAUUGGUCCCCUUCAUUGCGCUCAUCGCAGAAGGCUCGCAGCUGAAACGAUUGGGAAGUUUAUUCUGGAUCUCUUGGAUCGUGUCCAAUGUGAUUCUGGCAACAUUGUUCGGCGUCUUGCACCAGGGUGGAGUCGUUCCCUCGCUCAUCAACAUGCACGAUCGCCUGGGUGCCCUCAGCCACAACGCACCUCCGGAAUUAACGGAACCCUCGCUGGCGUGGUCUACUGGAAGACAUGUCGCUUCUGGUAAAUACGUCUUGUCGGACCUCACAGGUAUCCCGAGCGAAGAGAUGCUCGAGCGCGUCGUGGACACGCAGGCCCAGGAGACGUUCUUGCGCGGAUGCUUCGAGCUUCAAGAACGUUUCUUCCCCCACCUCGACCUCGACCACGUACCAGAGGCGAUGGCGCUAGGUUGGAAGGAGGGUAUGAGCCUAGGUAUCUACUCCGUUGACAUGACUUGUCUGCGUUCCGAGAGUGUGCCUGUUAAGCAGGGUAAAGAAUGAGUGGAAUGGGGUUUGUUUCGUCGUCUCUUGGUAUCUGAUACCGCUUUUGUCGGACAUUCGCUUUGCUGUCGCUUUGUAUCGUUUCUUUCUUGUACUAUGACCUGCGCUCCCACUAUGCUGUAGUAUGUACGACGAUCGCCAAUUUGAAUC